GCCAGGGAGCCAGGGGAUAGUGAGGAACAGGCAGACAUGCAGCCAGGGCUCUGGGGCCUGGACAGGGGCAGUCGGGCCCCUUGACAGGAAGACCCCCGAGCCCUGGGCCGGGGAGGGGCCAUGGUGCUGCCUGCCCAACAUGUCAGCCGAAGUGCGGCUGAGGCGGCUCCAGCAGCUGGUGCUGGACCCUGGCUUCCUGGGGCUGGAGCCCCUGCUCGACCUUCUCCUGGGCGUCCACCAGGAGCUGGGCACCUCCCACCUGGCCCAGGACAAGUAUGUGGCCGACUUCUUGCAGUGGGUGGAGCCCAUUGCAGCGAGGCUUAAGGAGGCCCGACUGCAGAGGGAUGACUUUGAGAUUCUGAAGGUGAUCGGGCGCGGGGCAUUCAGUGAGGUAGCGGUGGUGAAGAUGAAGCAGACGGGCCAGGUGUAUGCCAUGAAGAUUAUGAAUAAGUGGGACAUGCUGAAGAGAGGCGAGGUGUCGUGCUUCCGGGAAGAGAGGGACGUGUUGGUAAAUGGGGACCGGCGCUGGAUCACGCAGCUGCACUUCGCUUUUCAGGAUGAGAACUACCUGUACCUGGUCAUGGAGUACUACGUGGGCGGGGACCUGCUAACGUUGCUGAGCAAGUUUGGAGAACGGAUCCCUGCCGAGAUGGCGCGUUUCUACCUGGCCGAGAUUGUCAUGGCCAUAGACUCCGUGCACCAGCUGGGCUACGUGCACAGGGACAUCAAACCCGACAACAUUCUGUUGGACCGCUGUGGGCACAUCCGCCUGGCGGACUUUGGCUCCUGCCUCAAGCUGCGUGCGGAUGGAACGGUGAGGUCGCUGGUUGCUGUGGGCACCCCAGACUACCUGUCUCCUGAGAUUCUGCAGGCCGUGGGUGGAGGGCCUGGGACAGGCAGCUACGGACCCGAAUGUGACUGGUGGGCGCUGGGCGUGUUCGCCUAUGAAAUGUUCUACGGGCAGACACCCUUCUAUGCGGACUCCACAGCUGAGACAUAUGCCAAGAUCGUGCACUACAAGGAGCACCUGUCUCUGCCUCUAGCAGACUCGGGGGUCUCUGAGGAAGCUCGAGAUCUCAUCCAGGGGCUGCUCUGUCCCGCUGAGGUGCGGCUGGGACUGGAUGGAGCAGAUGAUUUCAGGAAGCAUCCUUUCUUCUUUGGUCUUGAUUGGGAAGGCCUCCGAGACAGUGUGCCCCCCUUUACACCGGACUUUGAGGGUGCCACCGACACAUGCAACUUCGAUGUGGUGGAGGAUGGGCUCACUGCCAUGGUGAGCGGGGGCGGGGAGACCCUGUCAGACAUGCAGGAAGACAUGCCGCUGGGUGUCCAUCUGCCUUUUGUGGGCUACUCCUACUCGUGCAUGGCCCUCAGGGACAGUGAGGUCCCAGACCCCACCCCUAUGGAACUGGAGGCCCUGCAGUUGCCUGAGCCAUGUGUGCAAGUUCCCAGUAUGGAGGCUCCGGUGUCCCCACCCGAGGAAGUGGCUGAAGUGGCCGGCCCAGCGGCUGUCCCCACAGCAGCAGAGGCAGAGGUGGAGGCCGAGCUAACGCUGCGGGAGCUCCAGGAAGCCCUGGAGGAGGAGGUGCGCACGCGGCAGAGCUUGAGCCGGGACCUGGAGGCCAUCCGCACCGCCAACCAGAACUUCGCCAGCCAACUUCGGGAGGCCGAGGCCCGGAACCGAGACCUGGAGGCGCAUGUUCGGCAGCUGCAGGAGCGGAUGGAGUUGCUGCAGGCCCCGGGAGCCGCAGCUGUCACGGGGGUCCCCAGUCCCCGGGCCACGGAUCCACCUUCCCAUCUAGAUGGCCCCCCGGCCGUGGCUCUGGGCCAGUGCCCGCUGGUGGGGCCAGGCCCCAUGCACCGCCGCCACCUGCUGCUCCCUGCCAGGGUCCCUAGGCCUGGCCUAUCGGAGGCGCGUUGCCUGCUCCUGUUCGCCGCUGCUCUGGCUGGUGCCGCCACCCUGGGCUGCACUGGGUUGGUGGCCUGCGCCGGCCAUCUCACCCCAGUCUGGUGUCUCCCAGGAGCCAUCUUCACCCCCUGAACCCUAAAAGCCCAGACCGGCCUCCAUUCAGGCUACUUUGGAAGGCUGGGUGACCCGGGGAAGGCCCUGGAGCUUGCCUCUGUCUCCAGGUCCACACCCCUGCGAUGGUGGGUCGCCCAGCUCCGCGCCUGUGAUCCGGUCCCGAACCCUGGCGGCCGGGGAGGGAGGAGCAGGGCUGGCGCGCAGAAACCGGGUUCCCGGAGGGCCAUGAGUGGGGCUGCUGCUGGGCGGGGAUAGUCCAUCGCUUCUCUCCUCCGCCCCGACGUGGAUGGGCAAACUGCGCCCAGAGAAGGCAGCAGGCCUGGGCUCAGCCAUCCGAUUUUCACCCUUGACGCCUCCAGCCAUCGCUCGUGAACUACAGAUCCUUGCGCAUGAGCCCCUGUUCUCUGGGGACGUUCCCUUCCCGCAGCGAACCAGGAGUACGACCUCCGCCAGCUCCCACGGGGGCCUUUUGCUUCGUCCAGUCCCGCUUUGGGGGUUCCCAAGACCCCUUCCUCACACUGCUGUCGGAGCACAGCUGCACACCGCCCCCCCCCAAGGCCGCGUGGAUAUUUAUUGACCUUAUCCUCCGACCCGCCAACAGGCUCCAGGACCCCCAGCACCCUGACCCACGUUUGGAUGCACUGAGACUCGACAUUCCUCGGUAUUUAUUGUCUGUCCCCACCUAGGACCCCACCCCCGACCCCUGCGAAUAAAAGACCCUCUCAUCCGCCCUAA